GCAUCAGCUGCGCUUUGUUAGUCGAACCCAGGGACGGACUGAGGAGCUGGUUCCAUGAACACGGACCGGGCUGGAAAAUGAUCAUCUGCACGAGUAAGAUGGAGUACCCUCUCGGAAGUCAGUGCCCGCGCCAGUGCCAGGUGGACAAGGAGCGAGCAUCUCUCCUUUGCGUGAAGGCUCUGGCCAGCAGGGGGCGCCUGGACACAGUGACGCAGCACAUGGCCUUCCACCCGCAGUACCUCGAGAGCUUCCUGCGGAGCCAGCACUACAUCCUGCACAUGGACGGCCCGCUGCCGCUGCCGUACCGCCACUACAUUGCCAUCAUGGCGGCUGCGCGGCACCACUGCAGCUACCUGGUGUCCCUGCACUCGGCUCAGUUCCUGCGUGUUGGCGGGGACCCGCUGUGGCUGCAGGGCCUGGAGGCAGCCCCCGCCCGUCUGCAGCACCUGGAUCACAUCAACAAGGUGCUGGCCCACCGGCCGUGGCUCAGCGGCCGCGCGCAUAUCCAGGCCCUGCUGAGCCCUGGUGAGCAGUGCUGGUCACUGGCAGAACUGGUGCAGGCCGUGGUUCUGCUGGCGCACUGUCAUGCCCUCUGCAGCUUCGUCUUCGGGCUGGGGACUGAUCCCGAGUCCCAGCUUGCCCCCAGGGUGCGACUCGGCACCCCGCCAGGUUACUGCCCUUGUGACGCGGCCAACGGCAACGCCUCCGAGCCGGAAAGGCGCCCCCGCCGAUGGUCCCUGGACUCCAGCUGCGAGGUGGCGUGUCUUCGAGAAAGGAUCCCGAGGGCGCAGGGAGACGGCGACAAGACGGAAGAGCAGCUCGGCCUCCAUACUUUAGGGCAUGCGGACACGGAUGAGGAGGAGGAGGUGCCGUAUGCGGUGGACCCCUCCUGCUUCAUCACGGAUCCUGACUUUGGGUACCAGGAGUUUGCCCGUCGGGAGGAAGAUCAUUUCCAGGUGUUUAGGGUGCAGGACUACUCGUGGGAGGACCACGGCUUCUCGCUGGCCAACCGGCUGUACUCGGACAUCGGCCACCUGCUGGACGAGCGCUUCCGCUGCGUGGCGGCGCUGCCCUCGCCCCGUGGACCGGACCUCCGCAGGGCCAUCUGGAACUACAUCCACUGCAUGCUCGGCAUCCGGUACGACGACUAUGACUACGGUGAGGUGAACCAGCUGCUGGAACACGAGCUGAAGUUCUACAUUAAAGCGGUGGCCUGUUUCCCUGAUGCCACCAGGAGUGCCCUGGGACCCCUGCCCUGUACCCUGCUCAUGUCCUCCGACAAGAUCCACGUCAACCUCCUGAUCAUGGAAGCGCGGCUGCAGGCUGAGCUCCUCUACGCGCUGAGAGCCAUCACUCAGCACAUGAUCGGCUAGGCGGACAUCUGGGGGCUGGGGUGGGAGGGAACAGGAGCGGCCAGGUGAGGCCGACGGCUGCAAGUCGACUGUGAAGGACCGGGGUGGGGGGGUGGGGGGGUCGGGAAUACGGUGAAGUUGAAGACGCUGAU